AUGUGGCUGGAGGACUACUGUCUCACCUGUCGAGCCGGAGGAGCAGAUGAUGACCGCUUCAUCAUCCAGUACCUCCCCAUAUGCCUGGGAGAGAAUGUCCUCGCCUGGCUGGACUUCUUGCCCGCCGACUCCAUCGGCUGCUGGGCAGACCUUCGCAAUGUCUUCAUCGGCAACUUUCAAGGCACGUACGUACGCCCUAGCAACUCUUGGGACCUCAAGAACUGUAAGCAAGAGCCCGGCGAGUCCCUGCGCGACUACAUCCGGCGCUUCUCCAAGCAGUGCAACUCACUGCCGGGCGUCGUCGACGCCGACGUCAUCGGUGUGUUUCUCAGCAAGACGCACUGCAAGACCCUAGUCCACAAACUGGGGUGCCAGAAGCCGCGUACCACGCUUGAGCUCCUAGAGAUCGCUACCAACCACGCCUCCGGCAAGGAGGUAGUCGGGGCCGUCUUCGAGCGCGACCAGCGCACGGCGAAAGAAAAGCGGCGUGACCGCGACAUGCCUUCCUCUAGCCUCGUGGACAGGAAGAACAAGAAGAACCGCCGACCUCCCUCCUCCGGCGAGGUCGCGGUGACCGAGCACCAAGACAAGCAUCCUCUGAGAAACGACCAUUUCUACCAGCUCCUAGAUAAGCCAUGCACCAACCAUGGUUAUCUGGUGAACCACAAGUUCAAAGACUGUGAUAUGAUGAAGCGCCUCCUCCGAUGGACAGCCAAGACCGACGGCGACGACCGCGAUAAGCGGCCCGAUGCUGGCCAGGACAAAGAGAAGCCGGUGGAAGGAGAGUUCCCGGACGUGGAUCGGUGCCUGGUGAUCAUCGGCGGCCUGGAGGACGAGUGCUCCAGGCGACUGCAGAAAGUGCGAUUCCGCGAGGUAGGUGCUUCCGCUAGUUCCAUUCCUAGAAAGUUGAAGUGGGCGUCAACGCCCAUUAUUUUCGAUCAGGAUGACCAUCCGGCAAGCGUCCCUCGUCCUGGGAGCUAUCCCCUCGUCGUCGACCCCAUCGUCAGCAACAUGCGUCUGUCCAAGGUGCUGAUGGACGGGGGCAGCAGCCUCAACAUCCUCUACUUGGAUACCUUGGAAGCCAUGGGGAUCCCGCGAGGCUGCCUGCGAGAUUCCCCCUUCCCCUUCUACGGCAUCUUGCCAGGCAUGAAGGCCUACCCAGUCGGCAACAUCGACUUGCUGGUCACGUUCGGCAGCAAGACCAACUUCCGCACCGAGACCCUCACAUUCGAGGUGGUGGACUGGAAGGGGGUGUACCACGCCCUCCUCGGGCGCACCGCCUACGCCAAGUUCAUGGCGGUGCCCAACUACACCUACCUCCAGCUCAAGAUGCCAGGGCCAAACAGGGUCAUCACCGUGAGCGGCUCCUUCGAGUAG